CUUGCGGAAUUCUAGAAAUUGCAAAAGUUAAGAGUUGUCAUAUCUUCAACUCACAAGCGAGUUGAAACCAACAAGCACGCGUCAUGAUAUAAACCACUUCCACGACCUACCAUGUGUGACCAGGUCGCCUAUUAAAGACAGCUCAGCUCAGUGGGCUUUACCUAUGCUCCUCCUAUGGAGUGCCUAUAGAUGAUCUUCUAAAAAAAACGACUUCAUUACAUUUCACCUGCGCUUUGGGCUAUUGCAAAUUUGCAGAUAACAUUCCACCAAUGGAAUGAGAGGGAAUUAAGCGAAAGAGGAAGUGCUAUUUUGGUUUGUAUGCGUUGCUCACAAUUUGUGUAAAUGGGCGGAGUGGCAGGAGGCGGGCGUGCACUUACAGAAAGAUAAGCCACACGCGCUCGCUCUCCAAGACUUUGCUAUGAACGCCUCUCCGUAGCAGACUCAAAGGGGGCCAGGCAGCCGCGUGUGUGGAACACGCAUGCUCUCAAGAUGAACAAUUCAGAGGCGCCGUGGAAUUAUACCUUGCCGAACAUUUCGGCAAGUAAGACGGAAUGCCUAACUCUGAGAGACAACAGCACGCUGCAGUGGCUUCAAGGGGACAGCUCCCAGAUUGUGCAGCCGAUAAUCUACAUCAUCGUCAUCAUCGUCAGCCUGCCGGCCAACGCCGCUGCCCUGUGGUUCCUCGUGAACCCCACGGUGAACGUGAAGCGCACGCCCUCCACCGUGUUCACCAAGAACCUGGCCGCCGCUGACCUCCUCUACCUGCUCUUCCUCCCGCUGGCCAUCGCCUACAACUUCAACGGCAACGACUGGCGCUUCGGCACCAUCCUGUGCCACGUGGUGGUGUCGCUCACCUACCUCAACGCGCACUGCUCCAUCUUCCUGCUCACCUGCAUCAGCGUGGACCGCUACCUCGCCCUGGUGCAUCCGGUCAAGUCGCGCCCGUGGCGGACCCCGAGGUACGCGGCCGUGCUGAGCUCCGUCAUGUGGACGCUGAUGGUCCUCUCCGUCGUGCCGAUUAACACCGUGCAGCUGGUCACGUGCGUCAGUGGCCCCGGCGCCGUUCCGCAAACGGCGGGCGGCACUCUCACCACCUGCUUCGACGUGUUCACCAGAAGUGGCGGCCGAUUCCUCGUCAUCUACUCCAUGGUCUUCUUCGCCAUCGCCUUCCUGGCUCCGUUCGCCAUCACGACGUUCUGCUACGUUGCCAUCAUGCGCUCACUGAGGCGCUCCUCUCGACGAGGGGAACAAAUGGACCGAGAGAAGAAGAAGGCCGUGCAUCUGUGCGUCACGGUGCUCGGAGCCUUUGUCCUGUGCUUCGUUCCCACGAACGUCACGUUGCUGGUGCACGCUUUGCGCAUAAAGUUAUAUCAGAACACGUCCCUCUAUGGGGUCUACAAGAUCUGCUUGGCGCUGGCGAGUCUUAACACCUGCCUGGACUCUUUCGUUUAUUAUGUCGUCUCUAAGCCCUUCAGACAGAAGGUCCGCAGCCUUCUCUGCUGCUUCUCAGCUGCGUUUCGGCGCAAGGAGUCCGUGUCAUUGUCUCUGUCUCCGUCGGUGAAGUCAAAGAGAGAAGAUUCUUUACGGCCGUUGUAAUAUUACAGUGUACAUGCUACAGCGUUUCUUGGGGAUAUUUUCUACCAUGCAACUCCAACCCUUAUGCCGCUCCUGGAAUCUCCAUUGUCAGCGGUGGAAACAAAUGUGUGUGAUCUUGUAGGCUGGGUUGGUGGAUUUUGGAUGAGACACUUAACUUGCGAAUCAAGGGCGGUACCUGUAGAUAGCUCUGCAGCUUCGAGCAGGCUGUCAGCGAUGAGAGAAACUGUUCUGACCAUGUGUUUGGCGUUUGUGUGGUCACACACUCUAACCCAAGUUUCCUUCCACGUGAAAUAAUAACCAGGCAAAAAUAAGUCGCCAAACGUACCACGGCAUACCCAGCCAAACUUACCCAACUAAAUCACCAAAUGUGUAUACCGUAAUUCAUAAACGGUGUUUAUGUUUAUAAAUUUCUAAGCAGAAAAAUGUUGGAGUUUGGAAACACAAACUUCCUGGUUUUUUUGCCCGAUAUUUAAAGACGUUGCCUUCUGCUCCAUGUUUGUAUUCAACCACAGCAUGGCCUACACCAAGAGUGUUGAUGCUAUAUUUCCGUCAGGCGCCAAAGUUGCAAAGGAAUUUAAAUAUAUACAUGAAUUGUAAACACACGUAAGGCAGUCUCUGAGAUAGUUUGCAGACUUCGAAUGUACCUUUCCUGUAUUACCAGAUCACUAUAAUCAUAAGAGUAUGAAGUUGUCGAUACAGAACCUAAUAAAAAAAACAACACCACAACCCAAGUAA